AUGGACAUGGAACUAGACUUUGGCCAAUAUUACGAAAUUGGCUUUAAUACGCAGCUAAUCGAGGUUUUUCAGGCGAUCAGGGCUUAUUUAUUCACUCUCGAGGAACUUGAAAAAUGUCAAGGACCAUUCGGAGAUGAGGCACCACUCCGUGAACUUGCCGACCAGCGGAACCUCAUUCAACACAGUUUGCUGUCUCUGCCUUCGGUAGAGCAGGUUCCUGGCUGUUACUCAAAAAGUCUCUUGCUAUAUGAGGCCUGCCGCAUUUCGGGCCUGAUAUUUUCUGUUGGAGUUGUUUUUCCUAUACCAUACGAAGCCGCACCUCUGGCAAGCCUGAUGAGAUUGUUGAAACUAGAGCUCCAGAGAAUCCCGCAAUCACGUUGCCAGUCAGCUUGCGCCAAAGGCGUUUUGAUAUGGAUGCUUGUACUUGGUGGCAUAACGGCGAUCGACACCCAGGAGAGAUACUGGUUCGUGCACGAACUCCGAACUAUGGCCGAAACGAGUUCCGUAUGUGAGUGGAGUCAACUCAAGAGAAUUCUGAAACGAAUACUUUGGCUAGAUGGUGCUUGUGACAUUGCAGGACAGGAACUGUGGGAUGAGGUCAAGAGCUCACGUCUAUCCUAG